CUCCGCAGCUCAGCGCAUGGAAACGAGGCUGUGCCGGAGUAAGUGCGCACUCGCGCUGCGCUCUUAUCUCCUGGAACAAGCCCCUGACCGCUGCGGACUUUUACCCUCCGCAUUUGACAGGAGGAGAUAAGGAACUCGGCCACAGCAGCGGCUCCAACAUGUUCUCGACAAAGUCGCCGAAAAGCUCGUCGAGGUUCGAAGCCCGGUCGGCGCCCGCGGUCCUGGAGCAGAUCUGCCUGGUGGACUGUGUCUGCGGACCGGGCUGCACCUGCGGGCCGGGCUGCACCUGUGAGGUCCACGCAGCGGGAGGCAACAGGAGGCUCUGUGGGGCCGAGGUGAAGCAGAAUGUCACCAACAUUGGCCAACAGGGCUUUGACAACUUGGCCUACGAGUAUGGGAGCCAGACUGAGCUCUGCCCUCCACCCAAAACUGCCUCCAGAGCCACUUUCAAGCUCCCAAGCCUGGCCUCUGAGGACCAGGUCCAAGCCAUCCAAACCAGAAUCAGCAACGUGAAUGGAGUCAUGGCUGUGCUCUGGUCUGUACCCAGCAGCGUGGCCCAGGUGUACUAUGAUUCCUCACUAGCAACAACCAAAGAGAUUGCCCUGGAGCUCCAGGCCUUGGGAUUUGAUGUGGAGUCGUGGGUGCAGAUCAGGGUGGACGGUAUGCACUGCCAGUCCUGUGUACAGUCCAUCGAGGGACGGAUUGGAGCACUUCCAGGGGUUUCACACAUUCAGGUGUCUCUUCAAGAGGGUGCAGCUGAGGUUGUGUUUCAACCUCUUGUAGUAACACAAGAGGAGCUGAGAGACAAGAUCGAAGACAUGGGGUUUGAUGCCACGUUAUCAGCUGAGGACCAGUCUGGUGGAGGUACAAGCUACUGGCAGAGGGACGGGCCGAGUCAAGCCACCAGGACUGUUACCGUUUGGAUCGUAGGGAUGACUUGCAACUCUUGUGUGCAGUCCAUAGAAGGGAGGAUCUCUCAGAUGACCGGAGUUUUAUCCAUAGCAGUGUCACUGAAGGAGGAAAAGGGAACGAUAACCUUUGACCCCAGCCUGACUGAGCCGGAGCAGCUCAGGGCAGCUAUUGAGGACAUGGGCUUCGAUGCUUCUCUUGAAGAGCCCAAAAAGAGCCUCCAGAGUCACGAUCAGUCCAGGCCGGUUACCUCUGGACGUUCAAACCUUUCUGAGCUGCAGUCCAGCAGUCGGACGGCGGUCGGCAAUGGGUCUGGAUCACAGGCCAACUCUGCAAGCUCCACCGAGGUUAGAGUGCAAAAAUGCUUCAUCUGUGUAAUGGGAAUGACCUGCGCCUCCUGUGUGGCCAACAUCGAGAGAAACCUCCUCAAACACAAGGGAAUCCUCUCAGUGUUGGUGUCAUUAAUUGCGGGAAAGGCAGAGGUGAAGUAUGACUCAGGUGUGAUAGAUGCGAUAGCUGUGACCGAACUCAUAAAAGACUUGGGCUUUGGUGCCAAACUGAUGGAAGAUAACGCAGCAACGCACGGGAAGCUGGACCUCACUAUAACAGGCAUGACGUGUGCGUCGUGCGUCCACAACAUCGAGUCCAAGCUCGUCACGACCAAAGGGAUACUCAGUGCCUCGGUCGCCCUGGCGACCAAAAAAGCACAGAUCCAGUUUGACCCGGAGGUGCUCGGAGGGCGAGAUAUUAUCAAGAUCAUUCAGAGCCUUGGAUUCGAGGCCAGCCUGGUGAAGUCGCGCUUCAAAAACAACCUCGAUCACACAGAAGAAAUACGACAGUGGAAAACCUCCUUUCUGCUCAGCCUGGUGUUUGGCCUGCCCGUUAUGGGCCUCAUGAUCUACAUGAUGGUGAUGGACCGUCUGCACCAGGAACACGGAGGCUCAAUGCCUGAAGAGCACAACGUGCUGCCGGGUCUCUCCAUCCUCAACAUGGCCUUUUUCCUGCUCUGCACACCUGUGCAGAUCUUAGGAGGCCGAUACUUCUACAUCCAGGCGUACCGCUCGUUAAAACACCACACGGCCAACAUGGACGUGCUGAUUGUGUUGGCCACCUCCAUUGCCUACAUCUACUCGUGUGUGGUCCUCGUUGUGGCCAUGGCUGAGCGAGCCAGCCAGAGCCCCGUCACCUUUUUCGACACUCCUCCCAUGCUCUUUGUGUUCAUUGCCUUAGGGCGCUGGUUGGAACACGUAGUAAAGGGUAAAACCUCUGAAGCUUUGGCCAAAUUAAUGUCACUUCAAGCCACUGACGCCACUGUGGUGACUCUUGGACCGGGCCACUCCGUCAUCAGCGAGGAGCAGGUGGUGGUGGAGCUGGUCCAGCGGGGCGACAUCGUUAAGGUCGCCCCCGGGGGAAAGUUCCCCGUGGAUGGGAAAGUGAUUGAAGGGAGCUCCAUGGCAGACGAGUCUUUAAUCACAGGUGAGCCUAUGCCUGUUAGUAAGAAGGCGGGUAGUUUGGUGAUCGCCGGCUCCAUUAACACUCACGGGGCUCUUCUGGUGGAGGCCACUCACGUCGGAGCCGAGACGACUCUGUCUCAGAUCGUCAAACUGGUGGAAGAGGCACAAACCUCGAAGGCGCCCAUCCAGCAGUUUGCAGACAGACUCAGCGGAUACUUCGUGCCCUUCAUAAUCAUCGUGUCCGUGCUCACCCUGGUGGCCUGGCUGGUUAUCGGGUUUGUUGACUUUGACAUUGUGAAGGAGAACUUCCCGGGUUACAACCCGCACAUCUCCAAGACGGAAGUUAUCGUCCGCUUUGCCUUCCAGGCGUCCAUCACUGUCCUGUCCAUCGCCUGCCCCUGCUCUCUGGGGCUGGCCACCCCGACAGCUGUCAUGGUGGGCACAGGGGUCGGAGCCCAGAACGGGAUCCUCAUUAAAGGCGGCGAGCCCCUGGAGAUGGCUCACAAGAUCCGUGUGGUGAUGUUUGAUAAAACCGGUACGAUCACUAACGGCGCGCCGCAGGUGACUCGGGUGCUGGUGUUGUGGGAAAUGGCUCGGAUGCCGCUGAGAAAGAUCCUGGCGGUGGUCGGGACAGCGGAGGCCAGCAGCGAGCACCCGCUGGGCCUGGCAGUCGCCAAACACUGUAAAGAGGAGCUGGGCUCUGAUGUCCUGGGCUACUGCCAGGACUUCCAGGCAGUGCCGGGCUGUGGGAUCAGCUGCCGGGUGUCCAAUGUGGAACAUCUGCUGCAGCAGACGAGCGAGGAGUCGUUCCUGCUGCCCGGAGCCACCUCUGAUGAAAGAAGCCUGCUCUCUGCUGAGGAGGACACCUCUGCAGCUGAGUUGUCGUCUUACUCCGUCCUCAUCGGGAACAGAGAGUGGAUGAGGAGGAGCGGACACCACAUCGGGGCGGACGUCGAUGCCGCCAUGUCGAGCCAUGAAACCAAAGGACAGACAGCCAUACUGGUGGCCAUAGAUGGUGUUUUGUGCGCCAUGUUCGCCAUCGCAGACACAGUGAAGGCAGAGUCAGCGUUAGCGGUGCACACUCUUAACAGCAUGGGCAUCGAGGUGGUCAUGAUAACCGGAGACAACCGGCACACAGCCAAAGCCAUAGCAGCAAAGGUGGGCAUCAGAAAGGUGUUUGCGGAGGUGCUGCCGUCACACAAAGUGGCGAAGGUGCAGGAGCUCCAGGAAAAAGGUCUGACAGUGGCCAUGGUGGGAGACGGCGUCAACGACUCGCCGGCCCUCGCCCGCGCUGACGUCGGCAUCGCCAUCGGCACCGGCACCGACGUGGCCAUCGAGGCGGCCGACAUCGUCCUGAUCCGGAACGACCUGCUGGACGUGGUGGCCAGCAUCGAGCUGUCUAAGAAGACGGUGCGCAGGAUAAGGAUCAACUUUGUCUUCGCUCUCAUCUACAACCUCCUGGGAAUACCAGUCGCUGCAGGUGUGUUCAUGCCCCUGGGUUUGGUGCUUCAACCCUGGAUGGGCUCGGCUGCGAUGGCCGCCUCAUCCGUUUCAGUGGUCCUGUCUUCUUUGCUGCUGAGAAUGUAUAAGAAAACUGAGGUGGAGCUGUACGAGGUGAGAGCCAGAGGCCUAAUGAGGAGUCUGCGCUCGUCUCAGAUCAGCACACAUGUGGGUCUGGACGGCCGGCGCCGCAGCCCCGCCCUCCCCCACGCAGCCCGGGACCCGCUGAGCCAGAGCGGCUCCGUCCCGCCCGUCCUCUCCAGCCAGGGGAGGUCCGCCGGCGCCGCCCGCCAGCAGGGCCGCUACUCGCUCCGGGAUCACCGGACCGGAGAGUACGGGGUCGUGUAGUGACGGGAACUCUGCCUGCUUCUCAUGUUUACGAACUCACUUUAAAGCUCUUUGUGUAUUUAUGUAAAUAGACUUUGUCCACGAGAACGUAAAGUAAUUUUUUUUUUUGUAUUUUACACCAAAGUGACCACUAGUUUUCCUCCACUGGGGAGACACUGUGAUACACUGUGCAUCACAUUACAGGAAGAAAUGAAAGUCUCCUUUUAAAGGAAACUGAAAACAACAUCCACAAACUCCAAGUAAAGCUGCCGUGCACAUUUCAGUGGUUUGGAUGAGAUGCUGUCUACAGACUUUAUAAAUAAUACAUGUGUUGAUAGAGAAAAAGCAUCUGUUUCAUCAGAAUUUGUGCUUUGAUUGGUAAUUUCUCACACGCUGUUGUUAUUGUUAUUUCCGCACAGCUGUCACUCAGUCAAAGAAGCGUAAAAACAAAGAAGAAGAAGAAGAAGAAGUAUUUCUUUCUCCCCCCAUGUGUAUUUCCAGCUGUGUCAGGGAUAAUUAAUGGAGUACAUUCAUUAACAUGCCCCGCUCGUAUGUUCUAUAAUUAUCCACCAAGAAUUCAUUCAUUUUGUUCAGCUUAAUCACCAGUGAGCACAUAUCUAGACAGCAGGGAUAUAAAUAUGACCUAUGGCGUCAUAUUAGUUACUAAGUCCACAUAAAAGACAUGAAAGCAGGAAAAACACAGGUAACCUACUUCACAAAUAAUGACAAAGACGUUUCCAUUUUUAUUAAUGAAAGAAUAAAAAAAGAAAAAAACUUUUUCAAAUA